GCAUGUACUAUUUUUGAUCUAACGUAUUGUGGUUCCUUUACCAUUAUAGCCUUUAUUAUUUAAAAAAAGAUCAUUGCAGCGUUUUAAAAAAAGCCCAAACUCUCUUUGCACUGCCAUUUUCAGAUAAUUGGUAUCGUGAUACUGAAAACAAAUAUCGGUGUAGGCCUACUGCAUCUUGAUAACAAGAGCAAGAUGGACGUCGUAGACUGUGCUGAUUCCCUAACAGCCAGUGCUUUGAAUGUACAAAUACAGGAAAUGAGGGGUGUGGAACAAACGGAAGUUCCCAGGCCACACACAUCGUUCGUGGACAGUGAGAGUGAGACGAACACGGCGGAAGUACUGUCAGAAGCACAUGACGUCAUCGAAAGAAUGGGUGCCUUCUCCGUUCUUGGCAACGACGCGCCCAGAAAUGUGGUCGAACGAGAAAGCCCAGAGCAGUGCAGUCUAGAGCAGCGCGUUGGUCAGGAGUGUCAAGCCUGCACUGUCCCUUUACCUUUGGAGCUGAUGAGCCAGGGGUCGACACCACAGCAGAACACGGGACACAGCACCGCUGUGCUGGACAGUGUGAUCAAAGGGCUGGGUGGUGGGUCGGAGUCCAACCCGAGAACAGGAGACGACGUAGUGUGCUUGAUGCUCCAACAGAUUCUCCAGGCAGGCAGGCUGGCUGAGUGCUGCGUGCAGGCAGAGCGAGAGAGAGUCGGGGCGGAUCUAGAGAGGGAGAGGGCGGCUGUCCGUGCCGAGAGAGAAAGGGUCAACAGUCUAGUGGAUAGUGAGAGGGCUGCGCUGAUGUUAGAGAGAGAGCGCUCGUGGGGCCUGAUCCAGUCUGAAAGAGAACGGCACGCACUUCAACUAGAGCGACAGCUGACUUCAGAACUCAGACAGGAGCUGAGGGCGAAUGGAGAGUUCAGUCAACGCCAACGGGAGCAGUGCAAGACGCAAGGUCGAGGACAUGGCAGAGCCAAUGGUUCAGUCGAAGCAGAACUUCGAGCUCCAGUCAAAGAACUGAUGACGAACGAGAUGCUUGACAAUUUCAAACAAAAAUUGGAUCAACACGGCAACGAUGUAAAAACGCAGAGAAAGGAACAGAAGUGUAAUACUAACAGAAUGCCGUCAAAAUUCAAAUCUGAAAACCACAGGGUGGGUGACGGAGACUCGGAUGAAAAUUGCACCUGGGAAAGGAAAUCUCCCAAGUCAGAGAGUUGGGCGAGAAAAAAAUUAAAUGAUGACGCCAUGAAAUCUCAAAGAGAAGACGGUGGAGGAAGAGUUUCUGCUACUCGCGGCGAGACGCUUGCGACGAAAGCUAUGUGUGACGUCAUCAACGAGAACUGCUACCAGAUCCACCAGGCGGUGUGUGGCCAACAGCACAUACUGCUGAUGACGUGUUGUUUGGUCGUCGGCCUCGUCUUCGCUCACAUCUUCAACGUGUGCGGGGCCUUUGGCUGGACGGCUGUGCUGCAACACACGAAAUGACAAGUUAACUCACUGAAGACGUGCAUUCUGCAUGGUUACUUUAAAAUACGAGGCAUAACUUCCAUAUUAUUCAUAGAGAAAUUUCAGUUCUCUUUCCUUUAUCUGAAACUUUAAAAGGCAGGCAACGACAUGCAUGCUAUCAAAAAUUCAAA